AAUCUGUCGCGGGGGACCCCGCAGUCCCACGUACGGCUUCCCGGCUCCCCCAGGAUGCGCUGAGCCUUGCGACACCGUCCGCUGCCGCCGGCUCCCGUCCGAGGUGUGAAUGACAGAGGUGGUGCCUUCCAGCGCCCUCAGCGAGGUCAGCCUGCGCCUCCUCUGCCACGAUGACAUAGACACUGUGAAGCACCUGUGUGGCGACUGGUUCCCCAUUGAGUACCCAGACUCAUGGUAUCGUGAUAUCACAUCCAACAAGAAGUUCUUCUCCCUUGCUGCAACCUACAGAGGUGCCAUUGUGGGAAUGAUAGUAGCUGAAAUAAAGAAUAGGACCAAAAUACAUAAAGAGGAUGGAGAUAUUCUAGCCUCCAGCUUCUCUGUGGAUACACAAGUUGCAUACAUCCUCAGUCUGGGAGUGGUGAAAGAGUUCAGGAAACACGGCAUAGGUUCCCUCUUAUUAGAAAGUUUAAAGGAUCAUAUUUCAACCACCGCCCAGGACCACUGCAAAGCCAUCUACCUGCACGUUCUCACCACCAACAACACAGCAAUAAACUUCUAUGAAAACAGAGACUUUAGGCAGCAUCACUAUCUGCCCUAUUACUACUCCAUCCGAGGGGUCCUCAAAGAUGGCUUCACCUAUGUCCUCUACAUCAAUGGCGGCCACCCUCCCUGGACCAUCUUAGACUACAUCCAGCACCUGGGCUCAGCACUAGCCAACCUGAGCCCCUGCUCCAUCCCACACAGGAUCUACCGCCAGGCCCACAGCCUGCUUUGCAGCUUUCUGCCGUGGUCCAGCAUUUCCAGCAAAGGUGGCAUUGAAUACAGCCGUACCAUGUAAUGCCGUUGGGGCAGCCUCCACCAGGCCUCUGUCCUCAGCACUUUGUGGAGCCUAUUUUCCUGUCUGUCUGACUUCUGCUGUCCUUUUCGAGGAGCUGGUGGCCACCUGCCGGCCCAUCAGCCUGCCUCAGCUGCAGGCCCGGUGCUAUGCUGGCUGCCUCAGCUGCAGGCCCGGUGCUAUGCUGGCUCAGGAGCAGAAUGUACACUGGUCGGGCUCUCCUUCCACCUGGAGUCCUUGUCCUGCCUCCAUGCCCUGGCACCACCCAAUGGCCUGGCAGGUGUGUCUACAUUCACUGGGAAAGGGCUUGCCAGGCUUCUCCUCUGUCUCCUGCUCCUUUAGCUCCUUCCUACAAGAUGGACUGAACUUUGCUGAAAACGUGGACAUUUCUGACCCUGAAGACACAGGAACCUUAGAAUAAAGAGGCACAGCAAGGAGAAUGUCAGUUUUUGUUUAGGAAUGCCCUAAAGAAGCUUAGAUGAUGGAAACGGUUCUUACUCCUCCAUGAAAGGCUGGAAACUGGGGAAAGAGAAAGAGGGGCUGGCCCUUCACAAGAACUUAAAAACUUCAGGAAUCAGUCCUCUCCAUGGACAGAUGGGACAGUCCCCUGUUCCCAGUGUUCUACUGUCCACUUCUUCCUGUCCAGAAGGAUCAUCCUGCUUGUUGAAUCCUGGCAUGUUCCACAUAGCUGACCUACACUGGGAGCUGGGCUAAGGACAGGUAGCUAUUGGCUUCUGGGUUUCUUCCCUGCUUAUCCUUAUAGAAGCUGAAACUUCAAGGCCUGGGCCUAUGCAGACAGGAGGAAGCUGAGCUUUGUAUUGGCAUCUCUGCUACUGUGGACCCAUGGCACCUGGCCUUGGGAGCAGAGGGCAGCUGCUGCCUUUGGGCCUUCAGCCUCUGAGGCAGAGACUUUGUCAGCACCACGAAUUGUGCUUGCAGCAGACAUCUCAAGUUUCCAGCAUCCCUUCCCUUGUGCCCCCAUGUGUUUGCUGUCAGAGUCCUGCCCAGAAUUGCUGCAGUGUUACAGGAUCCCUUGCAGGGUCUCCUCACAGCCCCUCACUGUGCCAGACUGAGGAAGAACAGCUUUAUUGACAGGCCUCAUUACUGAGCGCUUCCCUCCCUCAGCGUCUCCUGGCUCAGGGCUCUCAGGCUGUAGAGCCAGCCAAAGGCUGCCUGGCCUCAGAGAGGAAAGGGCCCCCACAAAGGAAGGCCAAGGCAGUUAAGUAUCCCCCUUCCUCAAGAGAACUAGCCAGCAGGUGGCCAGUCCUGACUGGUUUGGGUUGUGUGCUGAGGCCCCAGCCCCGCAUCCUCUCCCUUUUCAGUCAAUGGUGAUCAUGUGAUUUUCAUUUCUGCCCUGUGUAGUCAAGGAAGAGUCUUCCAGAAGGUUCUGACUUGGGCAUUCAUAAAUCCAACUCAAAGACCUCUCGA